ACGGCGCAUGCGCAGCAGAUGACCACUCAUUUGACGACGUGUACCCGGUGAGUACAAGUAGUCGAGUACUCCCUAAAACCUUAAAACAAAUAAUAAAAAAAACCCUUAAAGACAGCUAUAGAAUGGGAGGCGCACAGAGCGUGGAGAUACCGGGAGGCGGCUCAGAGGGCUACCACGUCCUCCGGGUUCAGGAGAACUCGCCUGGCCACCGAGCAGGACUGGAACCUUUCUUUGAUUUCAUCGUCUCCAUCAAUAACACCCGAUUGAACAAGGACAACGACACCUUGAAGGACCUGCUCAAAGCCAGCGUAGAGAAACCGGUCAAGAUGCUGGUUUACUCCUCAAAGACCCUGGAGCUGCGGGAGUCCACCGUCACGCCCAGCAACCUCUGGGGGGGCCAGGGUCUGCUCGGGGUUUCAAUUCGCUUCUGCAGUUUUGAGGGAGCCAAUGAGAACGUUUGGCACGUUCUGGAAGUGGAGCCCAAUUCCCCCGCAGCCCUUGCCGGUUUACGGCCACACACAGACUACAUCAUCGGAGCUGACACUGUAAUGAACGAGUCUGAGGACUUGUUCUCGCUGAUAGAGAGCCAUGAAGGAAAGGGCCUGAAGCUUUACGUGUACAACACCGACACCGACAACUGCAGAGAGGUGGUCAUCACGCCCAAUGGUGCCUGGGGAGGAGAGGGGAGCCUCGGAUGCGGGAUUGGCUAUGGAUACCUGCACAGGAUCCCCACCCGACCUUUUGAGGAGGGCAAGAAGAUCAGCUUCCCCGGGAACGCUUCUGGCGAGCCUGUCAGUCCUUUGAAGGACGGCUUCACCGAGGUCCAGCUGUCGGCCGUGACCCCGCCUCACGUUGCAUCUACGCUCCCCGCUGGCCUUGAAGAUACGUUGUCGAGCCUGUCAAUCAGCACAGCCCCGCCCACCAUGCCCAGUGAGCUGCAGACAGGUUUGCCCACAGUCCCUCUGCUCCCCACCUCCUCCAGUGCUUCCCUCAGCCCCCUCGCUCCCCUCAACCCCGCCGGCUUCAACCCCGCCACCACGCUACCAGGGUUGAUGCCCCUCCCAGGUGGUCUACCUCCGCUGCCGAACCUUCCCAAUCUGAACCUGCCGCUCCCGGACCUCAGCGCUCUCUCACUAGCAGCGAGCAGCAGCUUAGCGGCGCCCGGGAGCUCGGUUCCUCCUCUCAUCAACCUGCCAGGCCUCGCCCCCCUGCCGCCUCUGCCCACCAUGCUGACUCCCCUCCUGGCUCAGGGCGUGGCCCCCAUCGCCCCCGCCGGCCCCCCGGCCUCGGUCACGGUGACACCCGCCACCGAGUCCGUCGCCACGGCGACACACGCCACGGAACUGCCGCCUCCCACGGAAACGCCGCUCACGUCUUCGUAACUCGGGAAUGUAUAUCUCGCUAAACACACACGCGGUUUCUCUUUCCUCUCCUUUCGGUUCUAUUUAUUCGGCAGGUUGUGCCCGGUCAACGGUUAUGGACCAACAAAUUAUUCUUCUGCGCUGCUUUCAGUCUGCCAUUGACUCUCCCGCUGCCGUUAAAUGUUCAAGCGUAAUUGACUGAAUCGUUCACACAGUUGCAUUUUUAUAUCUUAACAAAGCCGGGUGACGAGCAGGCGAUAUCUCGGUUGAUUCAACUCCUUUCUUCCUUCCUUCCCGAUGACUCUUAUUUUGUAAAUAAUGUCACUGCGAGGCUCUGUGUGCCUUCACCAAAUGUUAGGAAUAAAGCACCAGUCAAAAGUU